AUGUCGCAGAAAAGAGGAAGACCAGCACCUAAGCUCAACAGGGCGUGCAUGCUCUGUGGUCUUUCAGUUUUGCAUUUUGCAGACAACGAUGACCUUGUUCGAGAGUGCACUUCGCCUACCUUUGAGGGGCUUGUUGCUACACAUGGAGACAAGGGAUCGUGGGUGGCGAGAUGGCUCAGAAUCGAGAACUUUGUACCAGGUUUGUAUGCUGUGCGAGUUCUUGGCAAAUUGCCUGACGAUGUCCGAGGCGAUUUGGAGGCACAGGGCAUUGAAUACAGACCGCGUGAUGGAUCUAUCCAAGAUUAA